AGGACGACCAACAAAUGUGCACGGAGACCUCCUUUCUUGGAACGGCUAUGGUUUGAACGCACGUGAGGGGGGAAAAGGCUGCACCAGUCCUUCAACUUCACUCGGUUUUUAUAUUGUUGCUGCAGCUUUAAAAUCUCCGACAGUUCGUGUUGAGCUUACGGCUAAUAGAGGCGAGGAGGUACAAUCAAAACAAACACAAAAACAGGUAGCCGAUAAGCUAGUGAGCCUCCAAACUCCCGGUUUUAGUUCUGUAUCUGAAAGCGCUCUGGGGACAUGUCAGCCGUGCAAAACGAAUCCAGGAAACGGAGCAAGAAGCGCUUUAUGGCCGGUCACCACAGCAAGCGGUGGAAGGGCUCCCGGGAGCUGGAGGUGGGCAUGCAGGGGAUCCUCAUCACAUGCAACAUGAACGAGAGAAAGUGCACGGCGGAGGCCUUGAAUCUGCUCGGUGAAUACGCAGACAAGCUCUAUGGUCUCGAGAAGCUUCAGGAAAAUACGGGGAGCAGCAGUGAAGAAGAGGAGGCUGAAGAAGAAGAUGUUGAUGUUGCCCUGAAGAAAGAAGUGGCCCAGCUGCGGGCAUCGGAAACUAAACAGGAGAGGCGCUUCCAGGCGCUUGACAGCGGAGCAAACAACGUGAUCUUCAUCAGAACUCAGAAUAUCGAGUCUGAUAAACUGGUUCAUCAUAUCCUGUCAGAUCUCCAUACUACAAAGAAGAAAAAGUCACGUGUCAUCCUUCGAAUGUUGCCAGUAACUGGAACCUGCAAAGCUUUUCAGGAAGACAUGGUGAAAUAUCUGACCACUUUCCUGGAGCCUUGGUUCAAAACUCCAAGCUGUGCUACCUACCAGAUUGCGUUCAAGGCCCGCAACAGCAACCACAACAAGCGAGACGAAAUCAUCAAAUCUAUCGCCGGCCUUGUGGGGAAGAUGAACCCUAAGAACAAAGUGGAUUUGACAAACCCUGAACUGACAAUCAUUGUGGAGGUCAUCAAGACAGUGUGUUGCCUCAGUGUGGUAAAAGACUAUACGCUGUACAGAAAGUACAACGUUCAGGAAGUGGUGAAAGACGACAUAUCGAAGACUGACGUGACCACAGCAAAAGCAGACGCAGACACAAGCGAUCAGACGGAGAAACCUGAUGCGGGAGAGACGGACAGAAGAGAGACGAAGGGCGAAGAAGACAAGGGCACAAGUGUUUCAGAGAAGGGGGAGGGUGAUGAGGGUGAAGGUGGGGGAGAGUGAAAGCUCACACUGAAGAAAACAGUUGAGGAAAUACCGUUAAAUUUGCUUUGUAGUGCCGUGCUUUUGUUUUAAAUGGACUGAUUUGUCAACAUCAUGAGCUCCAUAAGCAUCACAAACGAUUCUAAUAUAAUUUAAUAUUUUUGGGUUUUUUAAUAUUCAUGGGGAUAUCUGGCAUCCAUUAUCAGCUUUAUUGAGUUGUACAUUUCAAUUGAGAGAAUUUUUUAAUUGAUUUUACAAACUAUUUGUAGCUGCUCACAAUUUUUUGUUUGUUUGUUCUUUUAAAUGGUGAAUUUGACUUUUAAUUUCAGUGUGUUUUUAUUACUUCUGGGGUUCUCGCUUAAAAAUUGACUUUUCUUCAAGUUAACAGGUAUCACUGCUAGUACCUAUUACUGUUGUGUAACUUGUUUCCUAAAUUUGUCCCUGCUGCCUGUGUGUUUAACUGGUUCCUCACGUAUUCUUUACUUAGUUCGUGGUGCUCUCUGUUCUGCUCAUUGGCACAAUAAACAGAACGAAGUGGAGGAGACUGAGGAGGUUAGAAAUGGCGUACAUAUAAACUCUGUAUGGUGUGUUACACUUAGAAAGUGUAGACACUUCUUUGGCAGUUCUUUUGUACUCCACAAGAUGGAGAUAAAACAUCAUUUUCCAGAGUACUGACUGUUAUGUGAUAAUUGUGCUACCCUCUAAAUGGAUAUUCGUAGCUAUACUGCGUACUGUUGUUUUCUUUUAAAAAUUAUUUUAGGAGAAACAGUCUUACGGUUGUUUUAGUCUUGAAUACUACAUAAUCCUACUUGAAUACUCCAGGCUGUAAUUACCGUUUAAAAUAUAAAACACUUCAUAUAAGAGAGUAACGUCUUAUUACAGAAUACAUGAGUAUAACCUGUUCCACAGAGAAAUUAAAUCAAUCAUUUAUUUGAGGAAGUUUAUUUCUAUUGGCAUCCCUCCAGCUGCUGCCCAGGUCGUCAGCAGCUGGAGGGAUGCCAGAAGAGGAAGAAAUAUUUCAGCCAAUCUAGUGCUUGAUUGAUAUCGUGUAGUUGAGAACAAAUUAAUCUCCGGUCUGAAGGUGCGGUCCUACCUGUGAGUACUUGUUAUUCAUGCAUUAAGUUUCUAAUGAAUACUGACUACUCCCGUGCAGUGUGUCAA